AUGUGUGCUAAUAGUGAUGCAGGAUGCGAUACAAUGAACGUAGACGAUACGGUUGAUUUAAAUGUAGAAAUUAAUUGUGCCAAUAACUAUGCACACAUACAUAUUCAACCACCAAUCGGAGCUCAGAGAACACCAUGUGAUAUUUGUUGUGUCGUUGAUACGUCUGGUUCAAUGGCAAGGGAAGCUGAAAUUAAAAAUGAAAAUAAUAAAGUUGAAAGAUAUGGUCUGUCUCAGCUAGACUUGGUUAAACAUGCGUUAAAAACAAUUAUUCAUAGUCUACAUAAAAAUGAUCGUCUAUCCGUUGUUUCAUUUGGUUCAAAUGCUGCCAUUCUUUUUCAACUAAUAAAAAUGGAUGAUAAUGGUAAAAGUAGUGCAUUGGCAGGAAUUGAACGUUUACAUCCAAACGGUUCAACAAAUUUGUGGGAUGGUCUGCAAACUGGUCUUAAUAUUUUGUCCACAAGUUCAUCGGAUAAAAGUAAUUCAGCUCUAUUCCUCUUGACAGACGGUCGUCCGAACGUUGACCCACCUCGUGGUUAUAUUCCAACUUUGCAACGAUAUAAGAAUAAAACUGGAUUUACAUGCUCAAUUAACACGUUUGGUUUUGGUUAUACACUUGAUAGUAAACUUCUUGAAGAUAUAGCUGUUGUAGGAAAU